AAAGUCAUUUCAAGAGGAACAUAACAUGAAACCGCAUUCACGCCGUUAACGAAAUAAACGGAAAAAACAGUCGUCUCCCGGUCCCUGUUUGCCGGAAAAAUCACAGUUCCGGCGAGAGCUCGCAAAUUCCGUUGAAGUUCAGAAACGAAGAAGAAGAAGAAGAAGUGAAGGUGAGAAAGGAGAGAAGUUGAAGUAGUUAGUUAACGUGCAAUGCAGGGAACGGUAAAAGGUUGUGAGAAGGUUUGGAUGGAGGAUCUUGCACGCCACACAUGCAUUGAUACCUACAAAGAUGAUCCUCCCUUUUUGCAAAUUCCCACCUUGCCUUAUGCCCUACUUUAUUCGUUUUCUCUCUCACACUUCUUCUUCUUCUUCAUCUUCUUCUUUCCAAAUACUAUCACUAUUUAACUCAUUCUCACCCCUUCCUUCCACUUCUGUCUUCUCCUCUUCCAAUUCCCACAAGAUAUAAAAAGUUAGGAGAUUUUCAAUUUUGAGGCAUAGUACAUUGUGGGAUUCAUCAUGCCUUCUGAAACAAUUGACUAUAAUUGUUUCUCUUCAUCGUUGUAUUCCUCUGAAGAUAUUUGUUCUUCUAAUGAGGCUAGCUUAUGGAAAUCAGAUAACAUGCCGAAAUGCUAUGAUUUUGAUCAAGGAAUAAAAACCAGCUUGAGUGUACAAGCGUUAUCCCAUUUGCCAGAUCGUAGCAAAGUCAAUAUAGUUGCUCCUCAGAAUGAGAGUAGCGUCUUUUCAAGUUCUCUGUCGGAAUUGUUUAGCAGGAAACUGAGAUCAUCAGCAAAUAAUGCUUUAUAUGGGCAUUCUGUUGACACUGUUGCUUCCCACUACGAGGAAGAAAGACUUUUUGACUCUCUUGAAGAACUUGAGGCUCAAAUUAUUGGAAAUCUACUCCCCAGUGAUGAUGAUUUCCUUUCUGGAAUGACAAAUGAACUUGAGCUCGACCACAUCAUCCAAGACAGCUCUGGUGAUGACAUGGAUGAACUAGACCUUUUCAGUAGUGUUGGAGGGAUGGAUUUAGGAGAUGAUAAUACUCCAUCUUCUGGACAAAAGAAUUCUAAAAUCCUUGAUGGAGCUUGUAACAGUCAGCUAGGACUGUGUAGUGCCUUAAUUGAUGGUGAACAGCCUUACGAUAAACACCCUAGAACAUUAGUUGUGAGAAACAUUAAUAGUGAUGUCGAAGAUUCUGAACUGAGAUCUCCUUUUGAGGAUACUCCUUCCAAGAAAGAUAUGAAUCAGCGCACCCUUGUGGUCUUUUUGUAUGAUUCAUCUGUUUCGGAUAAUGAACUUCACCGUAUAUUCAAUGUAUACGGAGAAAUCAAGGAGAUUGGUAAAAGCCCACAUGAUCUACAACAUCACAAGUUGAUUGAAUAUUAUGAUUCUAGAGCAGCAGAGGCAGCUCUCCAUGCUUUAAAUAGAGAUGAUACUAUCAGGAAGAGGCUAAAGGUUGAACCAUACCUAUGUGAAGACUCAAAACAGAGUAUGGCUCAACAGAUACAUCCAGAACUAGAACAGAAAGAAAGUAGCCUUUAUCCAGGUUUGCAUGGCAUUUCUAAACCUGGUAAGAUGGAUGGUGGAAGAAUUCUUGGUAUUGAGCCUGCCUCAUGUACACCAUCUGUGAAAACUGCUGGUAUUCAUGGGGUCUCUUCAAGUGUUCCUAACUCCUUACCAUCACUGGUCAGAGUUAAAUCAUUUGACAACGGACGUGAAAUUACUGAAUACGAUUCCCCAGGCCAGUUUAAUUUUGAUAUUCAAGACGCAUCAUCAGCUUCUCAUCCACAUUUUCUCCCAGAAUUUCAUGAUGGUUUAGCUAACAGUGCUCGCCGUAUUCCUCCUGAGGUGGCAGCAAACAUCAAUCUUAAAACACAAGAAAGAAUAGAAAGCAUGCAGUUCUGUCAAGUAAACUCCAAUGGACGCUUCAUGGAAUUCAAUGAAUUUUUCAAAUCCUCUGGUAAUGGAAGCUUCCCUCUUCCUCCUGGCCAUCAUUACAAAUGUGGGAACUUCUAUCAGCCUCCUGAAAUGGUGUGGCCAAAUUCACCUUUAUAUUUUGAUGGAGUUUGUCCAUCCCCCACCCUACCAAGGUUGCAUGGACUUCCUAGGUCACCAUCUCAUAUGAUGACAACUGUUCUACCCAUAAAUAGCCAGCAUGUGCCUUCAGCUCCUUUUUGGGACAGAAGACAUACCUAUGCAGGGGAAUCUCUUGGGAAUAUGCAAUUUUCUGGUAAUACAACAUCAAAUUGUGUUGACUUUGUUUCUUGCAAUUUCUUUCCCCAUUUUGGGGGAAACUGUGUUGAUUUUCGAAUCCUCCCCAAGAAUCUUGGACUCCAUUUUCAUAACCAAAAGGACCUAAUGUUUCCUGGAAGAAACCAUAUGAUUAAUUCAUUUGAGACUCACAAACAACGUACUAGAAGCAGGAGAACUGAAGGUGUGUCAAACUUGGCGGACAAGAAACAGUAUGAACUUGAUAUUGACCGCAUAAAAACAGGGGAAGAUAUCCGAACAACACUUAUGAUAAAGAACAUUCCUAACAAGUAUACAUCCAAGAUGUUGUUGGCUGCUAUUGACGAACGCCAUAGAGGAACUUAUGAUUUUGUUUACCUACCAAUUGAUUUCAGGAACAAAUGUAACGUGGGAUAUGCAUUCAUCAACAUAAUCAAUCCCGACUUGAUUAUACCAUUCUAUCAGGUGUUCAAUGGAAAGAAAUGGGAGAAAUUCAACAGUGAGAAAGUGGCAUCACUUGCAUAUGCUCGCAUACAAGGGAAAGCAGCACUCAUUGCUCACUUCCAAAAUUCAAGCUUGAUGAAUGAGGAUAAGCGCUGCAGGCCUAUCCUCUUCAAUACAGAUGGCCCUAAUGCCGGUGACCAGGUUCCUUUCCCAGUGGGCAUUAAUAUUCGCAACAAAGGUGGAAGAGUGAGAAGCAGCACUCAGGAGGAUAUCCAUUCAUUGGAGUCAGACUAAGGAAACCAUCCAUACCAUUAAUUUUAGUGGAUGCUAAGUUAACCUUUGGAAGCCAAGUGAUCUAGUUACAUUCAUAAAGUAUGUUUGCGGUACAUAUUUACCAACACUAACCUUGAGUAAGGCAAGAAGUUUUCCAGUUCUUUUGGCUUUUGUUACUGAAUCACAACUUUUCAUGUGCAAGAGUACUGUGUCAAAAGAUUACAUGUACAGGAAUUUCACAUUGGAGAUUGGAGGAGAGGCUUGUAAAGUGUGGUUUGAGGAGAACUUAGUCUGUAUCAAUUUUACCUUUGUUUUCCUUCUUCCUCUCCUUGCUUUUUUCUUAUGUAUAUUGUUGAUUUUCGAGUCAUUCUCAUCCCAAACUGCUGAAAUUUUUUAUCAACUAUUUGUGUACUGUGCUUAAGCCUUCUUGGAUUGUUCAUCAUUGUUGAUGCUUGGUGUGCGUGCAUGCACACUCUUCCAUUCACUUUUUCUUUGAAAAUGUUACACUUUGAAUAAUAUAGCAGUUGUGUCUCGUCUUUUGAGUCUCUGUUGUCACUUGUAAAGACAUAACUGACAUCUCAAAUUAUGCUACUAGAGGAGACUCAAUGCAGAAGGUUUCAUGUCAAUUCUGAUUCAUCAAAACUGGCAAUUUCUGUUUCUUUUAAUUUGUUAUUUUUCUGAUGUUUUUUCAUUGUAACUGGGGUCCAGUUAGCAUGUAAGGAACUUUACUUGUAUGCUCCAUUGUACUAAUACAUAAUGUUACAAAGA